AUGGACAUCGUCGCCGACUCCGAUACAGAGAACUCGCUCCCGCCGGUCCUGGUCUCGGAUGUCAACACUGCCACUUUUCGCAGCGUGUUUGCGUUUUUUUCCGACGAAACACGCUCCAGAAUCCGUGCCGAGGCCCAGAACACGCCUCUAGCCGCCCUCUAUGAGGACAUGGAUGCGGAUUUUCUCCAUGCCGAACGCCUGGAGCUCGAGAAUUUGCUCGAAUCUACCAGGACCAGCGAAAACCGGCCUGAAAAUGGGCCCAUGGAACCCCUGGCACAUGGGGUAGAACAGCCACAAGAAACAAACAGCAGUGGCUCGGGGCUGCCCGCACCAGACCAGGCUUUCCGCCGGGCCAGAUCCUUGCGUAAACGAACAUUUGCUAGCAGGCACCCCUACAUUGCCGAUCAGGCCGAUUGGCUCGGGAUCUGCACCGUUGAUAGUAUCAAUGAAAUGUUCGAUGGCGACGAGGACGUUUCGCGGGUAGCUCGUGCCCUCAACCAGCUCUAUCUCCAAAAGAAAAAACGGUACCCGGACGAAGACCGCUACCGCCUGAAGGAUUUCUAUGCACAUUUGGGCCACAGUAAAACUCUAGCCCUAGAAGGAGACCCUGAUGCCUCUGAACGGAAAGACAAAACAAAGCAAGAGACCGCCAAUUCUGAUUCUCAAGAACAGGACUAUAACCCCGACAUACACAGCUCGCAAAUCGAGACACACAGCGCCGACGAUGAUGACCAGCUCAUCCCAUAUGAGGAUUUCGACAUCCCAUAUACCCAGGAACAUACCGAUAAUAGAUCUCUCUCGGCAGGUCCUGUCAUUGACUCUUCUAGCAUAGAAAUUGCGCCUUCUGAACCUAAUGGGCCUAGUACAAACCAUACCGAUGAAAGUUCAACUGACUACGAAAGCGACGACCAGCCCGACCAGUACAUCAAAGUGGGUGGUCGGUAUAGAAAAGUGAGCACUAUCCUCCGAGGCGUACUCCCUGAGUCUGCCAAGCGGCUAGGAUUGUUUGACCGCAAAUCGCCGGUUAAACGCAGAAGACCAGCCGUGCGCCCGCUCACACCGCGUCGGGGCUUGGCAAUCAAAAAGCUGCGAUCCACCGGAACCAACUCCGCAGAUUUGGAACGAGAAUUGUACUCCAAUAUGGUCGAUUUCGAAGAAGAGGAUCAUUCGAGAAGCUUUUCUGUUCCACAUCUAUCGCGAGACUCGACCUCUAUGUCUUAUGAUCUGGAAACACAGGAGCCGCAGUAUAUCUCGUCCGGUUCAGAUUCAGAAACAGAAGCUUUCUUCAUCCAACAUCCAUUUCCCCAAGAUUUGCACUCGCCAAAACAGGGUGGCCGGAAUUACGACUAUCAUCGAAAUCAGCAGAUCGAAGAGGAUAACGCCAGUGCGGUGGAGGACAAUGACGAGAUUGACCAUCUCUUUGCUUCUCGUAGUAAGCCUCGGCGUUCAAGUACACAUGUGAACAGUAGAGCUCUCGGUGAGGCUUCAAGACGUUCACAUGACUUCUCAAGAAAUACCCCACGAAUUCCUCAAGCCCGAUUCAAAGGCUUUAACAUCUCUAUGGGCCCACCAGCAACUACCACACGGAAAAGGAAAAAACAAAGAACGGCAGGCUCGAAAAGAUUGGAAAUAAUAAACAAAUUACAGACCCGCUUGCCUGCAUUUCGUCAGCUGCUUCAACAACAAGUACUUCCUGUGACCCCACCAAAGACUCCACACUCUACACAAAAAAAGGCCUCGAGUCAUAAACAUGAACUGGUUCCCCGUCCUACUGGCGCCCUAGUGCAACAGCAUUUCAGAAGAAAUCCUCUCGUUAGCACAUUGGCUAUUGAGACCGAGAGCGACCAAGCACCAAGGGGUGAAAGACAUGUUGUCUUUGACUCAGCAGCACUGAACUUCUACCCAACUCGAGAAUCUCUCUUGGGAUCUAUUAAAAGCACAUCAUCAAGCUCUUUGACGGGCAUCGAGGAUCCAAGUACGGUGCGUAGCCUACGUGAUGGUCGUAUUUUUUUUCCACUGGAGGAUUCUAUCUCAAUUCAUUUUGUGGGCAAGACUUAUCUUCUUGCUCUAUACAACCGUGAAGACUCAUUCCGACAUGUCUUGUCGCUCUUGACUUCCUUGCGAAAACUCUUAGCAAAUACCAAAAUGUUUUCCAAAUUGGAAGUACAAGCGGAAACUCGCACAGCUUUGAUUGGAUUAAUCAAGUGGUUACUAAUUUACCGUGGAAGACCAACAAGUGCUUUAUGGACACAGCUAAAGCUUAACUUAGAAGAUUUCUCUAAGCUCCAACUGAAAGAUGUGAGGAAACUCCAGUUUACCAUUCAUGCUCAAUUGAUUUUCAUAUUUUGGGUGUUAAUUCAGCUUGAGCACAGCUACAAUGUUAGUUUGGGCCCAUCUUCAAUGAAAUGUUUGGAAGGAUUUUGCAGUGAUUUUUUUGUGAUUUUCUUCAGCACAUUUACAGCUCAAGACUUGAGUUCUGCGUACGCGGCGGAAUCUCCCAAUCACGAUAUAUUUGAGGCUAUUAUGAUCAUAUUCAACAUUAAUGAGAAAGAAAGCAAAUAUUGGUGGCCUUGUAUAAGCCAAGCUAUAGACGAGAUAGCAAUUUUGGGGAAGGAAUUUAAGAGUUUACUCGAUUCAGUUUACUUGUUGGGGGCGAUCAUCCCCAAGAAGUAUUUCAAUUGGGGCCCUUUUUUGCUUGUUCUCAAUAAAAUGAAAACGUCUGUUGAUUCUUUGAGCCAUCGGCAUUUCAUUGACACGUGCGAGCUCACUCAUCAAAGACUCGAAUGGCCGUUUGAAGAGAAGAUUCUUACUCAGCUCUAUGCUUUUUUCGGUGCACGAAAAUUCUCAAACUUUGUGGACGAGUCAAACAUUCCUUCUUUUGUUGGGGUUGUUCGUUCCCGCGCAGACGUCCCCGAAGAAAGUACUUUCGAACGCUUUUUGGGACUACUCUAUGGUUACAUUUCAAAUCUUUCGCUGGCGAAAGAUCUAAAACGACUUAUGUCCAAAAUGCUCGCGUCCAGUCCAUAUCACUAUUUUCGAGGAAGGAAAAGUCAAAUCAUGUUUGCAAACCGUCUAAACUUGAUUGUGCUUUUAGCGCAGGUAUCAGAUGUUGACUUUGGAAACCAGCUCACGAAUUUGAUCAUACAAAUUUGUGAUUCUGCGGACGCAUUUGUAUACGGACGAUCCCUAGAUGCUUUGAGAGUCAUUUCGGAGACAGCAAACAACAAAAACACUUCCAUCCCAUUGAAAGCGUUUGUUGUUCUCCUCAAGUCAUUGAUAAGCAUGACAGCCAAAAAAUUGAUUCCGCACACUUUAUUUCAGAAUUUGAUCGAUUUGAUGGGGGAUAUAUUCCGUGGGACUUCGAAUGAUACAGAUAAGGGUGUAUUUGGUUUGCUCAAGGUUCUAAGCACCACUGAUCUCAGUAAAAUCCCGGAGACUUCAGUUUUGGAUGUGCUUGGAACCGCGCUACUUUCAAUCAUGGAAAUUGAGAUUCUAGAGACGGAGUUGAACCAUCAACAGUCUUCCAUCUUGACUGACUUCCAGAAAUCCCUUUUGAAGCUACUUAGCGCUCAAAUGGACAGGAUAUCUGCUGUGAAAAGUAGUGAGGAUGAAAUAAUCGAAGAGACGGUAGAAUUGACGAUACAGAUAUGGAUGCUUUCCAGCAAAAUGAGCAAGACUCAGCAUUGGAAUAACAUGAUGUAUCAGAAAUUCUCCUAUCUUGGAAACUCUAUAUCAAGAAAUCGCUUUAUUAUGUUCCUUUGCUUGGAGUUCAUUCACUAUGCGACUGUGGAUUCAUUCGAGCUACAGGAAAUCGAAAAGGUUUUUUUAAACGGCUUGGUCUCGCCAAAUUUAUCCAAGUAUUCCGUUGAUUUGUACCAGUCGUUGAGUCGAAAUGAAAAAUCAAUAUUUUGGUCGCCAGAGUCUCAGAUAUUAAAUGCUAACUCUGUUCUUUCGCUUGAGAAUUCGCGCUUACGUAUUUUGACAAAGGCUAUGCAAAAGGUUGUUGAUUCCUCAACUCUUCACGUGAAUGAGAAAUCAUCAUUUAUAUUGGGGUUUGUCAAGCGUCUUCAUGAUAUUUAUACCGAUCAUCAUGUGGAACAAGGAGUUGCUGAAAUGUGCAAGCGGGUAGCCGAAAUGAUUCUGCGGAUAGCAAGAGACUUUGUUGCCGAUUUUGACGAAUUCUGGGAGUUUUCCACGAAAGUUGGACUCCCAAACAAAAACUUACAGAACAAGUGGUUUUUAUCUGAUGAAGCGGGCAAAGUGCAGUUGCUCAAUCAGGAGUUUGUAUCCGCUCUUGUUUAUGAAAAAAAUCAUUUUCUGGCGUUGGACAAUUGGAUAACAAGAAAAGUCGACGUUCUCUUGUUCACUCUUUUACAAGUAUAUGUUUCCGCUUUGAUUGCCAGCAACGCGUAUUGGGCCCAUGUCUCUCUACUUUUGGAAUACGUUUACGUCAGACUAGAAAACUUCGAUAUUGAUACGGCCAACCAAGGCUUCUUGCAAUUACUAAACUUGCUCAAGGAGAUUUCCCUCAUCUCAAACUGCAAAACUGAAAGCAGGUACAUUAUUUAUGAGAUUCGCGCAAUGAAUGCCUGUGUUUCGAUCCUUAAACAUGCAUUUUACGUGUUUGAUGGCUACAAAGACCAGCAAGAUAUCAAAGACAUGAUAUUCGGUUUCAUAGCAAACGUGAACCUUGUCUGCCCGAGGCAAUACAAGCUCACGACUGUUUUCAUGAACUUAUCUUUUGACGCUCUUCAAGGCGGGUUGCAUAUCUCAUAUCACCCUAAGUAUCAGCACACUAUAGGAGAAUAUCAAGCAGCAUGGCGAACGUUAAAAGCCGCUCUUGAAGAUCUCACGAACCUUGCCUCAGGGGCCGUACAAGAGGAACUCUAUCGCACUGGUCUUGAUGACUUUGCCUUUUUUUAA